AUGAGCGUCCCUUCAACCUCGGACGUAUCCAGGACCCUGGACCUGGAACGUAAUGACAGCGGUCAGUUUCUGAGGAACCACACGGUUCAGAACUUCUCAUGGCAGGGCUUGACGGUUACUGUCAAGGAUCGUGAGACGAAAAAGCAACGAGAUUUGCUCAAUGGCAUCAGCGGCGAUGUGCAAGGUGGGGAGCUCGUUGCUCUGAUGGGUCCUUCGGGCUGUGGCAAGACGACACUUCUUAACGUGCUCGCUCGACGCGCUGUAUCAUCUGGGGCGAAGGUUUAUGGGGAGACCUACGUGAAUGAUACACAGAUCGACUCGCGGACCUUCCAGCAGGUGACCUCCUAUGUGGAGCAGGAAGAUGCAUUGAUAGGCUCUUUGACGGUGCAGGAGACGUUGAAGUUCGCCGCGGACCUCUCGUUACCCAGUACGGUAUCGAAACGUGAGCGCAUGGAUCGAAUCCGCACACUUCUGGAGGCAUUCGGUAUUCAGAAACAGGCGAACACCCUGGUUGGCACCCCCAUUCGCAAGGGUAUUAGUGGUGGCCAGAAACGGCGAGUGAGUGUUGCUAGUCAGCUCAUCACCAAUCCGAGUAUUCUGUUUCUGGAUGAGCCUACCAGUGGUCUGGACUCAACUGCUAGUUACGAGGUGAUCUCAUAUGUGAAGGAGCUUGCACAAGCCAAUAACCUCAUCAUUAUUGCGAGCAUCCACCAACCGUCGACGACGACAUUCCAGCUCUUUGAUAAGCUACUUCUUCUUUCGGCUGGACAGACAUGCUAUUUCGGACCAAUCCCAGCUGUGGAGGGCUACUUCGGUGGCAUCGGUUAUCCCAUCGCGGCGAACACCAACCCGGCUGAGUUCCUCUUGGAUAUAGUCAGUUCUGAUUUCAACCAUUCGAAGGAGUUGGCUGUCGACCGAGUCAGUGCCAUUCAGUCUGCCUGGGAAGACUCAGGUGAGGCAAACGCGGUGUCGAGACAAGUAUCUGAGCGAGUCAGCUCGGCGGAGAAACCAGCGAAAAAGGACUCUAUGGGCCAAAGGGCUCGAGCCAGUACCCUUGCGGUUACCUCGGCUCUGCUGCACCGCUCAUUCAUCAAGUCCUACCGCGAUGUCGUCGCCUAUGGAAUCCGGAUCGUGAUGUAUCUUGGCCUGGCUAUCAUGAUGGGUACAGUGUGGCUACGUCUACAUCCAUCGCAGGAAUACAUCCAGCCGUUUAUCAACGCUAUCUUCUUUGGGUCUGCUUUCAUGUCCUUCAUGGCAGUAGCAUACGUACCCGCGUUCCUAGAAGACCGCGCAACCUUCACGAAAGAGCGAGCCAACGGUCUCUAUGGUGCGACCCCAUUCAUAGUCUCGAACUUCCUCAUUGGACUUCCCUUCCUAUUCGCGAUAUCCCUCCUCUUCUCUAUCGUGUCAUACUGGCUCUCGAAUUUCCAACCGACAGCAGAGGCCUUCUUCACAUGGAUGAUGUGGCUAUUCCUUGACCUCGUGUGCGCCGAGUCCCUAGUCGUCCUCGUGACAUCGAUAUUCCCAAACUUCGUCAUCUCCUUGGCGAUUGUCGCAUUCGCGAAUGGACUCUGGAUGAGCGUCGGAGGGUUUUUGGUCCCCCCGACUAUCCUCAAUCCGUUCUGGAAAUAUGUGUUCCACUACAUCAAUUACCAGGCUUAUGUCUUCCAGGGUAUGAUGGUGAACGAAUUUGCUCAGCGGAAUUACUCUUGCGGUACCGGCUGUCAUUGCAUGUAUGAUACUGAGUUGGCGGAUCAGUGUCUUAUCAAGGGAACUGGGGUGCUGGAGUUGUAUGGAUAUCCCACUGGUCGGACGGGCAAAUGGGUUGGUAUUCUGGUGGGCAUCAUUGCGGUGUAUCGACUCUUGGGAUGGAUUGCUCUCUAUGUGCGCAAGACUUAG